AUGGGUCCCUCUCGCACUCAUCGAAGCAAAUACAACUUCUCAGAAGAAACUCUGACAGGGCAGCUUUCAUGCCCGCAUUGUAGCAAGAAGUUCAAGACCCAAGGCUUCAAGAAGCACGAAGCAAGCUGCAAGAAGCAGAAGGACACCAAGGCGGAACGAGCAGAGUUUGCCCUUCAAUAUGCACGAGAUCAGAGGAGAGCUCGGCAGCAGGCUUACACUGACAUGGGCAUGAUAACGCCCAGCGCUGGCCCAUCGCGAUCAGUCGCUGGGAUUCAGAACGCGCCCCCUGUGAUCAAAGAUCAUGGUCCUCUAGCAGAUAACCCAAACACUGGUGAUUUCGAAGCUUACGAUGGCAACUUCGAAGGUGCUGGUAGCCUAGCCAACAGCCAGCGAGGUUCUGUUGAACCGCAACCUGUAAUACCUCCUCCACAACCCAUUGAAUUCAAAACGGUCUAUCAUCCUUCUGCUCGUCGUGAACCGCUCCUUCAAACAUUUGAGGAGUUUGACGUCAAUACGCGCCCUGAGGAAGAGCUUCCCGUAGAUGAAGAGCCCUGGCGUCCUUUCUGUUCCCGUGGUGACUUCGAGUUUGCGGAGAUCGCACUCAAUGCCGCCCUCAACAAGUCACACAUUGACGGGCUCCUUGCGCUUAUUGGCCGCAUAUCGAGAGGGGAGAGCCGAGUCACUUUUAAAAAUGACAUUGAGCUGCGCAAAGCUUGGGAACACGCAACGGCUCAGGUGACGCUGUUUGUAAAACACGACAUCACCGUUCCUUAUAAGAAAGAACAACGAGUAUAUGAGACCCACGCGCUGCCUCUGUGGGACUGGGCCCUUGAUUUGCUAGCUAAUCCGCUGCUUGCUCCGCAUUUUGUCUGGGACGCACAACAAGUUUUCAAGCAUAACGGCAGGGGAAGUCGCCUUCCAAAUGACAUUAAGGCUGCUCCGUUCUGCUUCAUCCUGUACAUGGACAAGACAAGACUGUCGUCCCAUGGUACAGUAAAGGGAUAUCCUGUCGUGGUCCGUUGCACGAAUUUGCCAGUUGGCAUACGAAACGGAGAGGGUAUUGGUGGUGGCCGUGUUGUCGGGUGGUUGCCAAUCGUAUCUGAAGAUGCAGACGAAGAAGGCAAGCCAGGGUUCAUAAACCUCAAGCGCGUCGUAUGGCAUGAGGCAUUCUUAAAGCUGUUGGAACUGGUUGCGCAAUACUCAAAGUCUGGCUAUUCACAUACUUGCUAUGACAAGAUCGCGCGCUGGCUGUUUCCCAUUAUUCUGAUACUAUCUGCUGAUUAUGAAGAACAAUGCAUGAUGUCUCUCAUUCGCGGCCACCAUAGCAAAUGUCCCUGUCCGGUAUGUCUUGUACCACUCGAGGAACUUAGCGAGCUAUCAAAGACGUUUGCAUUUAGAUCAGUGGAAGAAGCAAUAGCCGCACUCAAUGUUUACAAGGUCAGCAAAGCUCAAGGCGAGGAACUUCUCAAGGCAUUAGGAUUGCGCGCUGUCACGAAUGUUUUCUGGCUCAUUUCCCACUCUGAUCCUCAUCAAGCCAUCAGUUUUGACCGCCUUCAUGCCCUCCAUCUUGGCAUGUGGAGGCACCUACUCGAGGAGUUGAAGAAAAUCCUCAAAGCACUUGGACGUGAUGAAGAGUCAAAGGUUGAGAAACAGGUUGCUAGUUUCCCUCGAUGGCGCAAUCUUAAUCAUUUCAGCACCGUCAUCCACAUUACCUUCAGUGAUGGUAACAAGAUGCAAGAUCUAUCCAAGCAAGUCUUUUAUUCUGCGGUAAACGUCUUCAACCAGAGGACGAGCCCAGAAGGGUACAAACUUCUCCGCGUUAUUAGCAGCUAUCUGCAAUUGGACAGCUAUAUCGGUCUCGACGUGCAUACAUCAAGCACGCUGGCAGCAAUUGAUGCUGAACUACUCGUUUUUGAUAGCGCACUCAAGGUAAAUGUCACAACCCUUAUAACGAAUUAA